UGAGGAGGAUCGCAAGAAUAACAGUUGCCCAAGCUAUAUCACAGUCAUGGAUCAAGUUGAAACGAGAUGAGUUGUUCAAGUUUGCCAAGACUCCCAAAACAUCACAAUAAUUUUGAGACAACAACUUCGACCUGAGGUUGUCGCACAUUAUCCGACAAAGAAAAACCCAUAACCAAACCCAAUCAUGGAUGGGGGCAUGGAAAAGGUGGUGAACUCAUGGCUCAUCGAUCCAGCAUGGCAAAAGGUGUUCAAGCACACCUUGGACGUCAUCACGGAUUACGUAUCCUAUGUGUUGGUCAGCGUUGGAGCCGUGGCCUUGAGUGUCAGACUCCUCACUACAGUGGGAACUGGCGACUUGGUUUGUCUUAUUGUGGGCGUGAAGGAUGCCGAAAUGGGCUCUUUGGGAGCAUAUCCGGGUGGUGGGACCUUGGGUCUGAUCUCAUACGCUCAAACGGAACAAAAGUGUAUCAAUUCGGUUUUCUCGCCGUUCAAGGAGUAUCUCCCGUUCAUCAUGCUUUUACAGACAUUGAUCUUGGUGAUAGUGGAAAAGUUCACGUUCAAAAUUCCACGAAUUGCACAAAAAGUGGAGCGAUUUUACAAAAAUAUUGUUGAGGAAUCGCUCUUUGGAAAAGAUCCUGAUGUGACAGAAGACAUGACAGAUACAAAAACGAGCACCGAAGCCAUUUCUAGGCGGAGACAGCGCAACGAGAUUUGCGUUUCAUUGAAACGAAGCAGUAUCAUUCAUCGGGUAUAUAUAGGAAAAAACUUUGUCGAAAUCAUUUUGGGGAUCAUCUUUUUCCUGGUCAACUUGAAACACGCUCUCUUGCCCAUGGAUCCAAAUACACGAUGCGAAGUGGAGAUCCAAUCGUUCCCAGGGAUUGUGGAUGAAGAAGGAACAGUGUUGUUCCAAUGUCGAGGCAAGAAAAUGGGAUUUUUUAAUUUGGCACUCUGGGCCCAGAUCAUCUUGAUUGGAAUCCAUGUGGUUCUCUCCUUUGGAUCCUUGAUCUGGUGUUGGAGAUUUCGAUCUGUGACAAGACUUCUCAAGACCAUCGAAGCCAUGCAGAAAGAUUGGGAGCCGGAUAUCGUGAAUGGCGUGGAAGGUGCAGACUUCUUGUUCCUUUUCGACUUGUUAUCUCACAGUUGUGGAAUCGAAUCUACCCUCAGGGUCCUAACCCACUCUGAUGACACAUUCUACAAUAUCUGCCGACCUAAAAUCAAUGUCAAGGACUUCCUUCAUCUAGAAGAGGACCGCUUGAAAGUGACUUGGAGGCCAGCCGACAUUGAAAAAUGGCUUCAUAACGGGAAGAGAAAGAGUAAUGCCGAGAAAAUCAUCACGGUCGAUUGCUACGAGAUCACAAUCUUCCCCGCCGAAUCCGUCAAGAACUCGCAAUCCGUGGUGCCCAAGGAAUUGGGUUUGGAAGGAGCUGAAUACUCGGCCUGGUUUUAUGACCUUCAAGGCGGCCGAACGGAGUAUGUUCUUACGGUAGCCACAAUGAUCGGGAAAUCUCGAAUGAAAGGGACCAAGAUCGUGACCACCCUCAUGCCAUACGGCCCCGAACGUCCAAGAACCGGUAUGCUCAAAUCAGCGGGUACCCAUCAAGCUGACAUCUUUUGGGAUCCACCCAAGGGCGAGUUUACCAAGUAUACGUUGAGCGUGGAACAAUUGAGAGAUAUGUUUUCCCCUAUCGGGUCCGAAUUCGGAUCCGUGAUCUCUACGUCCAGUCUGAACUCCACCGGAGAGAUGGUACGAAAUCUUCAGAAUCUCAGUUACAAGCUAACCAACUACACGAUUUUGGGUCUCAAACCUGGGGAAAUGUACAAAGUCGAGCUUGGCACAAAAACCGCGAAUGUGGCUUCUCGACAACCCAUAAUGGAAAAUGUUCUCACGAAACCUCUCCCUUUAUCUGGAUUGACUGCCAGUGACAUUCACCCCAACUCGUGCGUGAUUCAAUGGCUCAAACUCCACGGCCACGCUUGCCUCAAGGGAUUUCACAUCAUCCUGACCACCAAUGACGGAAAAACUUUUAAGAAUAUUACGAUCCCGAAAAUGGUUAAAUCCUUCCGUUUCACUGAUCUCUCGCCAGGUUCAGACUACGACUUCCAUGUGACCACUUUGUGCGUUAGUGGAGAGAGACGGACCGAAAGCGAACCGGCCGUUCUGGCUUUCAGCACACCCCCAGAGCCCGUGAAUAAUCUGCGAUUAGAAGCGGCUUCGUCCAAUACUCUGCAUGUCAAAUGGGAUCCGGUGACCACGCUCACAACAACUUGUGUCUACAACUUGUCAAUCGAGUGCAAGGAAAUCGAAUAUAGCUUCAGUCUUGACAUUACCGGAGAUAAGUCCCAAUACAUGUUCUCAAAACUCCCCGAUCCAGAUGGAAGUGGGAAAAAGUAUACAGUCUCCAUUCGAGUGUCUCUGCUGACCCUCAAGGAGAAUGAAAUCAAAAGCGAGACAUCCAAGGAUUUUUUUUACACCCUCCCCAUCAAGCCCAGUAAUCUACGCGUUGGCUCCGAGCCCAACCAGAUCGAAUGGACGAAGUCCCCAACCUCAACAGUAGAGAGCUACAAAAUCCGAUGGAAAACGGAAGAAGAACCUCCUAUCAAACUGGAGGCCACUGUCGACGAUUGCAGUUAUACUUUCGAGGAUCUCCGUCCAGGUACUAUUUACCGAGUAAACGUAUAUGCGAUGGUGAGAGCCCUCACCGGUUUUAUCGAGAGUAAGGAACUCCAUGAAAAGCUUGUGGUCGACGACGGCGGUCAAUUAUUUCUGUAUGAGGACGAGGAGGUAAAGAACUAAAGAAGAGUUUAUGAGUCUCGGACCACCCACCGACUGAUUUCAGUUUCCAUUGUGAACUUAAUUCAUAUUUUUGUAUGAACCUUGCAAACCUAGUAUACUCGCAUAUCACACACAAGAGCAAACCGUCAACCA